GCGCGUUCGCACACACGAGGAGACAGUCACAGUCACAGUCUCGUUCAAGAUCAACUCGCUGUCCUGUCGACUCGCUGUGGUGUCACGCCGUGUUGACACUCAUUCGAACUUUGGCCGCCCUUCGUUACUGUGCUUUCACGAGGUUACUAAACUUGUGUUGUGUGUUUUACGUCCUGUCUCUCACGAUCGGAUUAAUAGUUGUGUGAAACUAUGUGGAUAUUGAGUGCUUGAAUGCAACAGGAUGCUGCUUCCAGAAACUAGUUACUUGGAUGAUAUUGUUUGUGGCAGCAGUAGUGAGACAGGUGUGGUGGUUGGUUGUGUGAUGUGUGUGCUGCGUUUGUGAAGUGUCAAAGUGGAGGAGUUUUUGCAGCAGUUGGGUGCAGGAGGCGGAGGCAACGACUUGGAGGAGGACGACGACUACACCGUCUCCGAUGAACAACAGCACAUGUCAGCCGCUGCCCUACUCGCCGACAAUGCCGGGCUCGGCGGCCCAUGUCAGCUUGAGGAGCAAGGCUGGGGGUCGAAGAUGAGCGCAGUCAUUGUGCCCGAAAAGAAAAGAAAGAAACUUGAUUCCAACGGCCAAGCUCAGCUCAGCAAGUGCCUUAAUGAAAAGAAAAGGCGGCAGCAGGAAAACCACCACAUCGAAGACUUGGCCGUCCUCCUGCAGCACGAGGGAGAGAUGAACUCUCUCUCUGUCAAGCCAGACAAGUGCGCCAUUCUUGAAUGUACCGUCAAACAGAUUGGAAAAAUUCAAGAGAACUCGUCAGGAGACGCAGUGCAACAAGCUGAUGUGUCAUCUUCGAAGCCAACCAUUCUACCUAACGACUAUUUCGGCAAUCUCCUCCUAGAAGUAUUUAUCAAACAAGCUCUGGAUGGUUUCCUGUUUGUGGUGAAUCCGGACGGCAAAGUCGAGUACGUGACGGACAACGUGACGCUGUUCAUCAAAUACAAGAAGGAGGAGAUCUUGGGCCGCAGCAUCUAUAACAUCAUCCACCUGGGCGACCACAACAAAUUCGCCACCAUCGUGCUGGGCAUCUCGCAGCUGCACAACACGCAGCAGGAGUCGGCCGUGCAGCUGCAGCGCAACCGGUCCUUCAUCUGUCGCUUCAAGUCCGACCAUCCCACCCAAAAUGACCCCAACCAUGAUCCCAACCACUUCAGCGACAAAUACGAGUAUUUACAGGUGUCGUCAACUCAAAUGCCACUGGCUGACCAGACCGGUAGUGGUGGUAGUGUGAGUGGUGGGGGCGGUAGCGAAGGCGGCGGCGGAGGCGGCAACAGCAGCAGCCUUGUGGAUGGAUACAGUGACAGCGGUCGGUGCAUAAUGUGCAUUGCGCGGCGCAUCGAGAAGAGCAUCGGUCCAGUCGAGCAGUUCACCAUUAAGCUUGACCGCAAUGCAACCAUCCUCAAUCUAGACAUACAAGGCGUAUCAAACACAUACUCUCAAUACCUCAAUAGGGACCUAGUAAAUAAGAAGAUAGACGAGCUGUGCCAUGCGGGGGACGUGGCGAAAGUGAACAAGUGGGUGGAGGAGGCACUGAGCAAAGGCCAGUGUCAGUCGGCGCCCUAUCGGCUCAGUGUGAGCCAGGCCCACGACAAGUACAUUCACGUGCAGACCCUAUUCAAGCACUACGACAGUGGCCCGGCUGGUGACGAAUUCAUCAUGGCUACACAUUCCAUCAUGCCGGACAGCAAUGACAUGGACAUGAGCCAUUCGCCACGUUCAAUAGGAAGUGGCAGCUCGUCAGUGAGUGCACUGAUGAGCAACGGAGGAGGCGUGGUGGGAGCGACGGUGGGCCGAGCUGUGUCGUCAUCUGACACCGUCUCCAACUCGUUCCCGUCACUGGACGCGUUCGGGGGUGACGACUCACUCGGCAUGGACACGGCACCCAGCUCGACGGGCAUCAGUCAAUGGGGAGCCUUCGCCACGGCCACCCAGCAGCCGGCCACGCCCCUCGACACCUCAGCCAGCGACAAAGAGGAGGCCACCAGCGACUCACGGCGACUGCGCAAACUGCUGACCAACCGACGCACCUCGUCGGUCGACAGCAACGACGGCUGCCACAAGAUACUCAAGAACCUGCUCGACAAGGACGACGAAGAGCAGCCGAGGGCGGCCUCUGGGGGUGGUGGCGGCGGCGGCAACCACAUGCUGCUCAAGCUGCUCAACGACAAGAACGACGUGAACGACCUUGACGCCAAGGUCAACCUGCGCACCCAGGAGGAGCUGCUGCAGCUGCUCAAGGACGAGGAGGCAGACGACUCGCUGCACCUGCAGCCGCAGCAGCGCCAGAAGCGGCCCAGUGAGGAGGGCGACGACAGCAGCAGCAGCGGCAGUGGCAAGCGACCCUCGUUGUCCGUCCUCGACACCCUGCCCUCGCCCACCACCCCCACCACCCCUGCCACACCCUCGCACCACCACCCCUUGCACCACCCUGUCUCCUCUUCCAAUGGGGGCAGCAACUCCAAGAACAGCAACCUCUGGGAGAAGAACAAGAUGCUCGCCUCACUGCUGGCCAAGCAGCCGCCAACACCCACCACCAUACCCCACAUACCCGCCUCCAUCAUCUCGGCCACGCCUCAGGACAAGAUGCCCAGGAUAGUCAAACAGCAAGCGCCUACAGCGAACUGGACGGGAGGAGGACUGCAGCAACAAAAUGUGAUGAGACCAAUGCAGCAGCAGCAGCAGCAACAACAACAGCUAGUGGACUCGAGUGGGCGUGGCCGCACAGUGCAGCAACUGCAGCAACAACAGCAGCAACAGCAGCAUCUGCAGCGGCAGCAUUACGUGCAGCAGCAGCUGCUAGAACAGCAGCAGUCGCAGCAGAGGUUCGACUUUCGAACGUCUGGCCACGAUUUCUCUGACUCAUCCGAUCCCUACCUCUCCGAAAUAUUGGAUGAAGUCAUUGAAAUCGUCGAUGUUGCUGAUCCGUCAGUGCUGAUGAACGUGCUGGGCCUGGGCACGAGCGGGUCAGACCCGGGUGGCGGAGGCAGCGGAGGCGGUGGCGGAGGCGGCUACCAGCAGACGUCCAUCAGCGACCAGACGUCGAUCAUCCAAGCCAUCCAGAACCAACUGAUGCAGGAGACGUCGGUGAGUCAGCAGCAGCAGCGACCGCCCCCACCACCACCCCCACAGCAACAGCAGUUCCACCCGCCGCCGCCCCUCUACCAGCCGCCCCGCACGCAGCUGCCCCCGCAGCAGCAGCAGCGAUUCCCCCCCAACAUGCAGCCCGGCGGCGGCAUCAGGCCUGGCGCACCUCACUAUGCCAUGGCCAACCAGCAACAGCAGUUGUUAAUGCAGCAGAAGAGGCAGAUUAUGCAGCAGCAGCAGAAGCAGCGCCUGUUGCAGCAGCAGCAACAGCAGCAGAUGCUGAUUCCGUCCAAUGCAGCCGCGUCGGGUCCAGACCCCCCCGGCCUCCACAACAUCGACCUCAUCAACAACCAAGGCCCGCCCAACGUCUCGCUUCAGAGAUCGUCUAGUGUACCUGACUCGCAGCUGUCGCCGAGCGGCUACGGCGCAUCGCAGAUGUCGCCGGGACAGCGAGGGGGCGCGCCCCAGCAGCAACCCUACUCGCCCCUGGGGCAACAGCAGCAGCCCCCGUACUCGCCGGUGGCCCCCUACCAGCAGCAGCAGCCGCAGCAGCCCUCGCCGCAGCAGCGACUGUCGCCCGCCGCCUUCCAGCCGCAGCAGUCGCCGCGAUCGCAGCAACAGCAGUAUGCGGCCGGCGGCAUCAGUCCCACCUGGUCACAACAGCAACAACAACAACAGCAGCAGCAGCAGCAGCAGAACAAUCGGCUGUCGCUGCAACAGCAGCAGAACCCCAUGCUCAAUGCUCAGCUCACGGGCGGUGCUUACCUAAAUAACAAUAGACUGCAGUACGUGACGAGUCCGUCGGCGGGAGGCGGCGGUCAAGUGCGUGGGGGCGGUGGUGGCGGGGGCGGACCGACCCAACUACCCCCAGUCAGGUCGCUGACGUCACCCGGGUCGCGGCAGUCGCCGUUCCCGCCCGAGGUGUCGCCGACGACUGCGGCCAGCUACCAGCAGCACCCACAGCAGCAGCAGCAGCAGCAGUUCAGGGUGCAGCGAGCCAUCAGCGCGCCCGGACCUCCGCAAGCCACCACUCAGUUACCAGGGGGCGUCCGCCAUUACGGACCAGCAAUGAAGGAUCACUCCCCGCUCGCCUCACCCUACCACAACCACCACAGCCAUCCGCCCCCGCCCCAUCACCCCCCUCAUCACCACAUGAUGUACCCCUCCGACUCCCCCUCCCCCUCCCAGCCGCCGCCACAACCUCAGUCCCAGUUCUGUUUCGAUCAGGUCGCUUUGCAAUAUUACGGCACGAGCUGUGACCGGGGUCGUCUUGCCCCCAACACCGGAGGUAACAACGGUAUGACGGAGUACGUUCGGCAGGAGCUGAGGGCGAUGGUUGGCGCAAGAACAGGGGGCUCGGGGGGAGGGGUGCAAGGGGUGCAGCAGCGUCCCCCCUCCGCCCAGCAGCAGUUGGCCCACCUGACACCUGGCCAACAAGUCACCGCAGCUGACCUCGAAGCACUUGGACUCUCCUUUGAACCACCUGGGGGUACUGACCUGGGGACUGCCUCUCCACAACCACCGUGCGGGCAUCCCUCUAGGAAUAAUAUGGACGAGGUCUCCCGAUCAACAGACCAGAAGUCGUCGCUGCUUCAAAAACUGUUAUCGGAGUAAGACGGCCGGUUCCGGUUCCGGUUGCCGGAUGCCGGUUCACGAUCACACAUCAAUUCAGUGAAUCAGUGAAUGAAAUGAAUUUGUGUUGAGGACCAAGUGACCGGCCUCCGACCAAGUACCUCUCUAUGGAAAAGUGCAUUAUAAAUAGUAUAUUUAUACAUAAAUAAUAAGUUAUAAAUAUAUGAAUAUAUUGUUAUAUUAUGGAUUUGUUAUAAAUGAAAUUGAAGAUAGAUACUACUAUUUUAAUAUAUUUUAAAAAGUGAACUUUCAAAUUUAUAGAUAUACUUAUAUUUACAUUAAUAUUUAAAUAAAAAUCUUCUAAUUGUAUCCUAUGUAAUUUUGAAUAUUGAAAAACUCUGAAAUUUUUAUCGAUACCAUUCAUACGAUAUUAAUAAUCAUCAACUACUAUCUCUUUCCAUUACCAUCACACUGAGUGAAUUAUUCUUGUGAUAAGUAGCUAUUUACAUUUUUUACAAUUUGAAAUUGUUAUAUUUUUUUAUUUUAAAAUUUUAUAUGUAAUAGUAUAAUAUUUUAACUCUACAUUUUUUAAAAUUAUUCCUUUUUAAUGUCUCAUUAGUCUCACAGUUUUAUGUGACUACGGACUUUUAUCUCCUCGUUACUUGAAGAGUUUCUGUCGAUACAAUUUAAAUAUUUUUUUAAAUCAAAUUUGAUACAUUUUUAGACUGACUGUUUUGUUUACUAUGCAUUGUUUGCUCCUUGAGAUACCCGUAUUACUUUUAUAGUACUCAAAUAUUGGGGGUUUAAGGUCUAAUUUUAUUAUUGUCAAACCGUAUCAAGUGCCAAAAAUAUUAUUUCUUCUAUGGUAACUAUGAUAACGGUUCUCCACUUUCAGAAAUCUCUAAGCUGAUAAUUUUCUUAUUGUGUAAUUUUGAUGCGUUUCAACAAGAACUAUUUCAUGUUUAAAAUUAGUUGAAGGCUUGUUACUAUUUUUGAUUGAUAUGCUUUCCAUGGAAAUCCAUCUGUUCUCAUACUCAUUCAACGCUUCAAUGUUUACUUUUUUCUAGUUUGCUCCUGACUAAUUAUUUAAAUUUGAUUCUUCCAACGGGGCAUUCAACGUUCAUUCAGAUGAACUAACAUUUUCUGCCUUAUUGGCAACAUUUCUAGAAUGAACUCCUGGCUAAAGUCGUAUUUCCCAUUCUCUGACCACACAACCUUUUCUCUUUAUUAUGGCUUCUUAAUGAAUUAUUUCUUGAGAAGACUCCUUAAAUUCAGAUAAUGCGACUUGAAAGCAGUUUGAGAGAACACUUGAACCUCCUUGAUUCCAAAAUACCAUUCUCAUAACUUUCUUGUUUCUCUAUACAUGUAAAGUUCUCAGUUUAACUAGCAAGAUUCAAUGAUACCUCUGAAAGCCUCCAACCCACUACCCUAGUACCCACUACCCUUUCGCACACGUUUCCUACUAUAUUACAAUUUUAGAUCUGUUCUUGAAGAGAGUGAAGUUUUAAAUUCUUCCUUUAGAGACAUCUGAUUGAACUCGAUCGGGUCAUCAUGUUUCCAAAAAUAUUGAUACACCCGGGUUUGAAUAGAUAUCUCAAGUUCUAUUUGGAAGAUUUUCAUUCAAUUAUUCGAUUAUAAUAUUCUUCAUUCAUUUCAGUAAGGCUACUUGAAAGGCUUAUUAUAUUAUUAUACAGAAAGAAUUACUAGUUCCUUUUAAUUUUUUUUUUUUUGAGGUAAGACUAGUUUCUUGUAUUUAACCCAUUAUUUUGUUACUUGAUAAUAGGAUUAAUACCCAAAACUAGUAGCGAGGUAAAUGUGGAAAGGACGUUACUUAAAGUGACAAAUGGAUAUUUUGCAAGGGACGGUGUAAGCAAUGGUUUCCACAGCUUGUGUUGCGAUCUCUGACAAAUACCCGAAACCAGUUGAAAUACACGAUUAGUUUCGGGUCUUUAUCCCAUUAUCCAAUGCCAUAAGGAAAUUUAAAAAAAAGCUACUAGUAAUUCGAUUGAAAAUUGAUUAUAUAUUUAUUCAAUGAUUUCUAUGAUCAAUUAACUGUAUUCAAAUGCAGUUUUAAAUUAAUACGAAUACGAUUCAUUUAUGUCACUAUGGUCCUUGCAGUCGAAUAACCCUACGGUUCUUGGCAAAAUUAUUCAAAUAUCAAAAGAUUUACCUGAAUAAUAUUUUCUUGAAUAAUGCAGUCAUUCUCUGAAUAAUCAAGAUUGAUUUAUUUUCCAGUUCUCUGAUGAGUUCUGUUAUUGAGAUCGUAGUUGAUGUAUUAUUGUGAGAUUUAUGUUGACAGGUGACCAAAUACCAAAGAAUCACUUCUUUAUAUUGAGGAUUUGACUGAUCAAUUCUCCAACAUUCACUAACGGAUUACUGAAACCAAUAAUUUUAUUUAGCUUUUUGAAAAUGUUUGUUCCCCGAUCAGAGAGAUUGCGAAAUUAUUGUCGACUCGUUUGAUUGAGAUCAGUAUUUCAUAAUUGUUCUAAAUGUGACCACAGAGAGAAUGCAUGCAAGGAACGAUCGCUCUGUAUUUGUGCACUUUUAUUGUAAUUAUUCGUAUGCAGAUUAUAGGCUACCAUUAUAUAAACAACUCUACAUUGCCAGGAUAUUGUUCAGAUCAUUCUUGAUCUAAUAGUCUAAACUUGAAGUAAAUUCAUGUCACGUACUGCCACAACCAUGAACAAUAUAAAUAGAAUUUUUAUAAAUAAGCUUUUAUAUUCAUAAUAGAAGAUUGUUGUUUCAACAUUUUGUGUGUAGUUUCAAGUUUUAUAAGAAAUUGGUGUAAUUUUGUAAGCGUCCGUCCAGUUCACUUCAGUCCAUCAUUGCCAUUGCCAACAUCUGCUGGUAGUCUUGCAUUGGCCUGCUUUGCCACCUUAUUGCCUGCCUAUCUAAUGUCAAUCCAACUUCAAGAAAAUAUCGUAAUUCGUUGUAAAUUUUGUUGAAGCUUUGUAAAUACUUAUUGAUGUAUAUAGAUGGAAAUUAUUACGUGUUUUAUACUUGUUUUCUUGGAUUUGAUCAUUUGAUAUAUCUGUAUUGUUUGAUAAGACACUUUCAGAUUUAAGUUUUAGUAAUAAUGUGAAGUGAUUCUUCAAUGUCUCGUUUAUGUUCACAAAUUCUAUUAGUUGGAUAAUUUAUGGAGCCAAAUGUGUUCAGUACUACCAUUGACUCUGUUGUAUUAUAGUUUUAUGAGUUAUUUCUACAAGUUACCAUUCAAGUAACUUAAUUAUUUUUUAAAUGAUCAUCAACAAAUUAUUUUUUCUUCAUUUGGGCAUUCUUUAUCAAUCUAUUUCUUUUCUACUAGGCAUAUACUAGCACUCGAUCUCCUAAAAUAGUGCUUUAUGAACAAGUCAUCUUCAAUUUCACUGUAUUCUCUUGACUUGAUUGAUGUAAGUCAGUUAUCUGUCACGAUCCAAUUAAAGCUACCAAACGCAAGGCUACUGCUGAUGGAAUAAAGCUAAAAAUAAUUGCUGAUCAAAUUUAGAUAAUAAUACAACACUUGGACAGCAUUAUAAAUUGAAUGCUCUUUACUAAAUCUCGAACCUUGAAUCUGUUUUCAACAAUAGCAACUUGUUUUAGAAUUCAAAUCAUUUCUCAACAAAUUUAUUUGAAUUAAUAGAUUAGGCUGUGCAGUGUGCAGUAGUUAUAAGGCGUUUCUGUAAAUUGCAAACUGCGUUUUAUUACUUCAACACUUCCACCACAGUCAUUAAUUAACAAUGGAAUCGAUAUGAUACUAAGUACUCUGUGUAGUAAGAUCUCAUAUACAUCCAAAACUAUUGACUUUGUAUUAUAUAUAGAGAAACAAUUAAAAUUAUAGUUCAAAAUAUAAACAAAAUAGUAUUAGAAUAACAGGAAGACUGAUAUAAUGAUCAGGUUUUUUGUCUGUUUAGGUUUUUUAUGCUUGAAUACAUAGUUUUGAUAUUAUAGAGUACAAAAAAUUACAGUAGAUUUUUUAUUAUUUAAUCAGGAGAAUUUGAAGUUUGAAAGACUAAUCUUCUUAUCUCAUACUAAUGCCUAUUUAUCUUCUAUAUCAAAUUGCGUAAACUAGUUACCAUUAAUCUCCGAGAUCGAUUUUUGUCAAUUCUUGUCAAUGUUACAAUUUAGAAUUGAAUACCUAAUCAAUUAUUUUUUCUAAAGUAGCAUACAUUAUUAUAGGUUCUUAACUCGAAACUUAUACAAAGCCUAACAAAAAAAUCAAUUACAGCUCAAGAAUUUUUCUAAUCUUCAAGAAAACAAAAUCCUGUGCACUAAUUCCAUACUAUAUUUUUUAUGGAAAUCAAUUACAAUCUACUGAUUAAAAUGUUAAUAUAUUAUCUUGAACUCUCACUUAUGAAGGUUGGAAUCAUCUAAAUUCUAUGUUUGAUAAACAAAAUUGGUCAAUAUUUAGCUAAAAAAAGAGAGCUAUCAAAAUGUAAUAGUUACUUCAGUUACUCCCAUACUAUUUUCAUGAUAAAAAUUAAAUAUGCUUCUUAGAAAAUAUUAAAUUUUAACGGUUCCUAUCCAUAUAAAUUCAAACAUUGAUAACAUUUAUUAGAACAUAAAAAACUACAAGUAGGUACUUUUUCAUCUUUCUAAAAUUGAUUAGCCCAUAAUUUCGAAUACGUAUUUUUUCUAUUGAAGGAAAUGUGGAAAUACAAUUGAUGUGCUCUUGAAUCCAAAUGAUAUUGUGCCUUAAGCACAUUUUGUGGCCGUAUUUUGUAUAUUCAUUAAUGAUGGCGGAAAUUCUCUUUUUUAUAUUGUAGAUGGUAAUGCAAUGACACAUUACUGCAACGCAAAAUAUUGUAUUCAUCAGCAUCAAUUAACUUGAUAGGAAUGAAGUAAACUGGACAUUCAACUUAAACUCAUGUUGAUAUUCUUUCUAUUUGCAUAGAAAAUAUUCACCAUGUUAAAUGUUUAGAAUUAAUUCGAUUUUUAGUCUUAUGUUCGACUACUACGGGUCGGGGGACUCGGCUUAAUUGUUUUGUUAGAAUAUUAAAAAAAAUAAAGAUAGUUUAUGAAUGAACGUUUUAAAGUUUUACAUUUUUUUAUAAUUAUAAAAUCGAAUAAAUUUUAAAAUAAAUACUUCCUGGUUGCAUUAUUCAUCAUAUCUUAUUAUUAUUGUAAUAUUGUUCUCAGAUAUAAUAAUUAUUGGUUCUAUGUUAUGUUUGUUAUGUUCCUAUGGAUUGUAUGUUUGUAUGUUGAGAGUGUGAGUACUGAUAAUAGAGCCUAAGGGAUUGUAAGUAUAGUUUAUAUAGAUAGAAAGAUUUGUAAAUAAGCGCACCUUGUGCAUCUAUUUUUAUUAUUUUUUCUAUUCUUAGAAACGUUACUGUACAAUGUAAAUGAAGAAAUAAGGGCGAGAUGGUGAGGAGGGAGGGAGGGAGGGAGCAGGGAUAGACUGAGUUAGCUUCUGUUUUCUGUUGAUCGCUUGUUUGUUCUCCAACUCUGACUCUUGACUCUGUGUGAAGUAGGCCUACCCUACUCCAUUACCUGAACACCGAGGCAGUGCAAGUGCAGUAAGCACCUGCAUUUUUAUAUUAUUUAUUAAGUCUUGCUACUUUUUACUUAUAUUGUUAUCUCAAAAUACUAGUGUUUCAUUGUUUUCUCAUCCAUAGAAUAAUUGGUGUAUGGUCUAUCUAUACGAGCUCAUUAUUUUACUAAUAUGUCAACAUUUUCCCCCAAUUUAUAAGUCGUUUAUGCACACAACCCCGUGUAUCACAGAUCUUUUAAUAGUUUAAUUUACACUUGCAUAUUCGAAAAAAAUUGAAUAUUCACGGUAGCUGCUCGAAUUAUUUUGGUGAGUUCAGUCCAUUAGAAAAUUUGUCUCUAAUUUCUAUGAAGUAUUUUGUUUUAUGAAACUCGGUAAUCCAUUGAUUGUAAUUGUAAACCAAGGUCUGUGAGAUAUUUACCUCCGAAAAUGCGAGAGAGAGAUUUUGGUUGAAUGCUCUAUCCCAAAAUAUAUGCACUAUUCAACUAUGGCUAUGCAAAAACUUGUGAACGGACUCUCUUUACAACAGCUCUAAGCCAAAAGCAAUUAUCAUAUUUUCAUAUACAUUUCUUAGAACAUCUUAUUGAAGAGGUGAUUUCAAAAAUUCUGGAUGUGAUUGAUCUUGAGCAAUUUUUUGUUGUGAAAAUGUCCUAUUAUAUAAUGUAUGCUAUAGGAGAAGAGCAGUUGGGUGGGAACUUCGUUGUGAUAUUGGAAACUCUUGAUUGCAGUAGUUCGAGAAAAAGUACUGACUGCUUUUACCAAUUUAGUUUUAUAACAAUAACUUUUCUUCUGUAUUUUCUCAUCAAAUAAAGAAUAUGAACUUCUGUAUGACUGUAAUAAUAACUGUAAUAUUGUACUGUAAUUUCACAAAUGCAAUUGAUAAAAUAAUGUUUGUACAUAAAUUUAGAUAAUCAGACAAUUGUUUAUACUUUAUUUUUAAUCAAUAAAUUUAUUUUGAACUAUCAAA